ACAAACAAUUAGCUGUUUUAAAAUUUAAAAACUGCAUAAUUAUGUACUAUAAGUAACUGUUAUUGUCAUCAGUCGUUUAUCUGGAAGUUACAGGACAAAUCACCAAGGAACAAAAUGUCCAAGGUUUUAAUCUUUUUGGCUUUUGUUUUGGGUACAUCUCAGUGUUCUCCUACAUGCACAAGAAGAACGUGUUAUGGAAAAAUCCGAGGAAAAAUAACUUUUCGUGUCCCGCAUAUAGAAGUGGAGGAAUAUCUAGGUAUUCCAUAUGCAUCUCCUCCAACGGGUCAUCUACGUUACAAGAGACCACAGAAGCCUCUGAGAUGGAGUCCUCGCAUUUUAGACACAACAAAUCUUCCACCAGCAUGCCCACAGGAGCAACGGGCCCAAAUAAAUUUCCAUAGACCCGGGUUUGACAACUAUAACGAAGACUGUCUAUAUAUGAACAUCUAUGUACCAAGAAUCAAUAAAAGGGCACUGCCGAUUCUGCUAUACAUACAUGGAGGUUCAAAUCGUCAAGGAAUGGGAGCUGUGUUUGAUGGUGACAUCUUAGCUGCACAUGGAGAAAUGAUUGUUAUCACUUUCAACUAUAGACUCGCCAAUCUAGGGUUUUUUGCUGAUCCAAGUAAAGGUAUAAAGGGCAAUAAUGGUCUUAUGGAUCAAGUAUUGGUUAUGAAAUGGAUACAGAGAAAUAUUAAGUAUUUCAAUGGUAACCCGUCCAAAGUUACCUUAUAUGGACAUAGUGCUGGAGCUGGGGACGUUGGUGUUCACUUACUAUCAGAUUUGACCAAAGGGUUAUUUAGAAAUACAAUAAUGCACAGUGGCACACCAAUUUCGUACUGGUUUCCUUCAUUUUGUGUACAAUCCAGUAGAGUAUCAAAUAUUCCUCAAAAUUGUCGACCUGGUUACAGUCUAAUCACUACAGAGCCACAACAGGAUAAUUGGGUUAUCAUUGAUGGGGAAUUUCUAAAAGGCAGUCCAGAAAAACUGUUUACUUGUGGAAAAUUCCGGCGUGGUCCAGUAUUAUUAAUGAUAUCACGGGAUGAAGGGUUUCCAUUAGACCCAUCAAUGUACAGAGACAUCAACUUAGAUGAGCUACUCGGAUAUUUUGGGCGGACUCUGUUUGCAGGAAAACCUGAUUUUGCAGAAAACGUGAAAAAAGAAUUAAAGAUCUGGGAGAGAUUAAACCUAUCAAAUUAUCCUCCAGGCUUACAAGUCCUUGCAGAUAUGGGACUCUUCGCACCAAUGAUGAAACUAGCAGACAUGAUUUCUAAAUGGCAAACGAAUGUUUAUACACUCAGUUUUGAGUAUGUUUCUCAAAACGUACCCGGACCUGAUUGGAUAGGAAUACAACAUGGAUGGGAUGUAUUUUAUGUAUUUGGUGUACCGACAGUAGGACAUCCAAAGUUCUCAUUUACAGCACGUGAUGCAGAGGUUUCUAAAAGGACGAUGCAACUAAUCAGCAAUUUUGUCAAAAAAGGAAACUGGCGAUCCUGUGACUUGAAAUUGAGGAAGUAUAAUUCUGAGAGAAAGUCAAUCAACAAACUGAAUUAUGUCAAUGGCAAAACAGUCGUUACCAACGAAAUCAACUUUAAACAACCAAAAAUUGACUUUUGGUAUAAAUACUUGUAUCCCUUUAACUUCAAAUGCCCCUUUCGGUAUACACCAUAUAAACGUUAUAUGUGAUGUAUUCGUAUAAAUCAUACCAAUAACGUUAUGAUGAAGAAUUAAAAGUAAUC